AUGACCACGGUCUUCAAGGACUAUGCAGAUUCGUUGGCCGCUCCAUCUAUGUAUCAUCAUUCGAUGGCGCUUGAAACCGAUCAAAAUGUGCCGGUGUCGGAGAUGAUUAUGUCCGACACACAAGACAUCAACGUGAACAACGACGAUAAUGGUUUUGCCUCUCCAAUCAAGCCGGCACCAUUUUACACUACUCCCACCGAUGCCAUGUAUUAUACGAACAAUUUCAAGGAUUACGCCGGGUAUAUCAUCAAUCCGUCUAUGUAUCAACCAUAUACGCUACCAGCAGCUACAACAGCCGCCUGUUCGGGUAAUGAUGCCAGCUUCAACCAAAUGAUGGAUCCAUCGAUGCUUGCUCAGUUUUGCCCUGAACGUGCUCGAUCGAUCGGACGGCGUUAUCUUCGCCUCAGAUCUAUGUGUAUUGGUGUAGCUGUGCGUGUGUGUGUCUAUAUGAAUGCGCUCUUCCUCGCUGAAAGAGCUGUAAAACUCACCUUGUCAACUGUUCAUUCCGUCGUCGUGACUCCACCCAUUUCAGGCCAUAACACCGCGAAUGCUUCGUUCUAUGGCUCCACAUUCAACUAUCCCACAUACGACUACUCGUCACCGUUGAUACCACGAGUUCCGGGCUCAACUGCGCCAACGGGCACUGGUUCUGGUGCCGGUGUCGCCUGCUCCACCAGCACUUCUGGAUCGUCCAGUUCAAACGGAUCGGCUCAUUCGACGCUCGCCUCACGGAGUAAGGCUCGAACCUCAGCAUCUGAAGGACGAGAAUGCGUGAACUGCGGCGUCCAGGCCACUCCACUUUGGCGACGAGACGGUACCGGUCAUUACCUCUGCAAUGCCUGCGGACUCUAUCACAAGAUGAACGGGCAGAAUAGGCCGUUGGUGAAGCCUAAAAAGAGACAGGUAAGCGCGUUUUUCGGGCCAGAAAUAGCCUUCAGACGGCCACACAGGGCUAUCCUAGUCGCGUGUUCCAUAUCAUUAUCAAUCAACGCGUGUUAUCAUUUGUCGGUCGUUAUCUUAUCACCCCGAGUCGUCCGUCGCUCAUCACUCUCACUACCAGCCCCGCCUAUCAGAUACAUGUUCAUGGCGCAGAUUAUGACACCCGUCGCGCUUGUUAGUUUACACCUCGUCAAUGGGAGGGAUACGGUAGCGCGUUGA